AUGAUUAACCAUCCUGGAGACAAACAUCCGCCUCAGAGAGCUCCGAGUGGAUCUUUUAGUACUAUAAGAAAGUUAGGGAAGAAGAUUCUGCCCGGAAAGAGCCAUUUGGAUGAGAGUUCUGACACAAGUGGGGACAGUACACACCAUGGAGCAAGACCAAAGUCUUCUUCACCCGGCAAUCGACAACGAUCUUCUUCCUUGUUCCAAAGAAACAAGUCCAGUGCAAACGUGGGGCAGUCGAACGUGCGGUCAUCGGCUUCUGUGCAUAAUAUUCUAGCACAUAAUCACAAUCCGUUUGCAACUGCUCACGCAUCAGAUGUACUGGGAACUGGCAGUGGGAUCGCAUCACCAAGAGGUCGUAAUGGUACCAAUCAUUCGCUACAUAGAAAAGGCUCGAGUAAUUUCCCCAAUCAUCUCCUGAGUAAUGAGAACAUCGUAUACAAUCCAUAUGGGAUGAACUCACCUAAUAGCAGACCUGGGUCUGCGUAUGCUGGCACUAAUAAUAACAACAGUGAUUUGAGUUUUUACAUGCACGAUGGUAAUUCCAAGAUCAGAAUGCUACCAUUGCCAAUUGCUGAUCCGAAUACUUAUCUGCCGGAAGAGAUGAAACAGACGAGUGUACUUUUGACGGACAAUUUUAUUUUUGACAGUGAGAAUAAGACGCUAGGGUCUGGUGGUUCGAGUGAAGUGAGGAAAGUUAGAUCUGCGUAUAGACAAAAGGACGUUUACGCGUUGAAGAAACUGAAUAUGAUCUACGACGAGUCUCCUGAGAAAUUUUACAAGAGAUGUUCAAAAGAGUUUAUUAUCGCCAAACAUUUGAGCCAAAAUAUCCAUAUUGCUAACACAUAUUAUCUUGUGAAAGUGCCCACUACAACUUACACUACGCGAGGUUGGGGGUUCGUCAUGGAGAUUUGCGUGAGAGAUCUGUUCCAAUUGAUGGAGAGGUCCGGCUGGAAAUCGGUACCUCUAAAUGAGAAAUUUUGUUUAUUUAAGCAAGUGGCCCAAGGUGUAAAGUUUUGUCACGAUAACGGUGUUGCUCAUCGUGAUUUGAAACCAGAAAAUGUCCUGAUGUCUCGGGAUGGUGUGUGUAAACUGACCGAUUUUGGUAUAUCUGACUGGUACCAUGUGGAACCGCAGAAUUUUGACAGUGCGGUCAGACAAUGUGAAGGUAUGAUUGGAUCACCACCAUACACACCACCUGAAGUGAUGCUGCAUGACGCUAAGAAACAUUAUCCCGAAAGUAUGCAAAAGCCUUACGAUCCACUCAAGAUGGAUUCGUAUGCUUUGGGGUUAAUUCUGAUGGCCCUUGUCAACAAUAUGCUACCAUUUUUCGAGUCGUGCAACACAGACUCCCGGUUUAGAGACUACGAGACUUCUUAUGAAAACUUUAUCAACCAUCAAAACCCGCACUUCAGAGAGAAGGGUUGUCACAAGUCCGGGCCUGGUGCAGAAUAUUCGUUAGCAAAGAAUUUCAAGAGCACAGAGGCUUCUCGUGUAGCUUGGCGACUCGCUGACCCAAACCCAGAGACUCGUUAUACGAUGGAAGAUCUUUACGCGGAUCCAUGGUUCCAAUCCGUCGAGACAUGUGUAGAACCAGACGAUGACUAUGCAUUUAAAUCGCCUGUCAUUAAGCGCACGUCGGCAGAAAGUGGAUCUGGCUUCUACAUCAGUGAGACCAACUCAAAAGAAGAUGUCAGUGCAGAUAAGAGUUCAGAAACCUCUUCCGUUUCACACACUUCGAAUCCAUUCAUCAAUAAACAGCAACCCAGAUCGAUGGUCGAUAUUGCGCAGACACAUGCAGUGGCAAAGGCGGAAGUUGCAGCAAAAGUACCAUCCCGAGUAGCGGAAGAAGGCGAGUGUGCGCAGGGCGAAGACUCGCAAAGCUCGGAGCCAUUGCCGAAACUGAAUGAAGAAUCAAAGGAGCAGGCGCAGGCCAGCGACCCGUUGCCCAAAGUUAACGAGGACUCAAAGGAGCAGGCACAGAGCUCAGACCCUUCGCUCGAGGUCAACGAGGGCUCAAAAGAAGAGGCACACAGCUCAGAGCAAUUGCCCAAGGUCAACGAGGACUCACAAGAGCAAGCACAGAGCUCGGAGCAACCGCCCAAACUCGACCACACCUACCAAGAGCAGUCGCAAACCAACGGCACCUCAGACACACUCCCAAACUCUCAAGAACAAACCCCUCUACCUGGAAUACAAGCUCGCUCGUCCUCCGCAUCACUUCGCAGCACCAGCAGUGCCGCCAAACUUCGCCGCAAGCGCGUGGUACACAACCACAUGGAAGUACCGUCCAGUGUCAAAUCUUCUAACUCUACAAGAUCCUUCUCCUAG